AUGGUCCAUGAACCAAUGAAGAGCCCUAAUGAUGAAAAACUUGGCAUUGGUUAUGGCGUUGGAAUUGGCAAUGGAAAUGGUGUUCGAUAUGGCGUUGGACAAUCAGGAGAAGGUAUUGGGUAUGGCAUUGGACAAGCAGGGGGACAAUUAGGAGAAGGUAUUGGGUAUGGCAACGGACAAUUAGGAAAUGGUAUUGGGUACGACAUUGGGCAAUCAUGGGGACAGUCAGGAAAUGGUAUUGGGUACGGCAUUGGACAAUCAGGGGGUCAGUCAGGAAAUAGUAUUGGAUAUGGUGUUGGGCAAUCAUGGGGACAAUCAGGAAAUGGUAUUGGAUAUGGUGUUGGACAAUCAUGGGGACAGUCAGGAAUGUAUUGGGGGGACAGUCAGGAAAUGGUAUUGGAUAUGGUGUUGGACAAUCAUGGGGACAGUUAG